AUGGUGCUAUCCGACAAAGAACUGUUCGACUUGAACAAGAAGGCUGUGGAACAAGGGUUCAAGAUUAAACCAAGACUAAACUACAACACCGUCAGCGGUGUCAAUGGGCCCCUAGUCAUUUUGGAAAAGGUUAAAUUUCCCCGUUACAACGAAAUUGUUAACUUGACCCUACCGGAUGGGACCAUCAGACAAGGUCAAGUCCUAGAAGUGAGAGGUGAUAGAGCCAUCGUGCAAGUCUUUGAAGGGACUUCCGGUAUCGAUGUCAAGAAGACUCGUGUGGAAUUCACUGGUGAGAACUUGAAAAUCCCAGUCUCUGAAGAUACUUUAGGUAGAAUCUUUGACGGGUCAGGUAGACCCAUCGAUAACGGUCCUAAAGUCUUUGCUGAAGAUUACCUUGACAUUAACGGGUCCCCGAUCAAUCCAUAUGCAAGAAUUUACCCUGAAGAAAUGAUCUCCACCGGUGUUUCUGCCAUCGAUACCAUGAACUCCAUUGCUCGUGGUCAAAAGAUUCCUAUUUUCUCUGCUUCUGGGUUGCCUCAUAAUGAAAUCGCUGCUCAAAUUUGUAGACAAGCUGGGUUGGUGAGACCUACUAAGGAUGUCCAUGAUGGUCAUGAAGAAAAUUUCUCCAUUGUUUUCGCAGCCAUGGGUGUCAAUUUGGAAACUGCUAGAUUUUUCAAACAAGAUUUUGAAGAAAAUGGGUCUCUAGAGAGAACUUCCCUUUUCUUAAAUUUGGCUAAUGAUCCAACCAUUGAAAGAAUUAUUACUCCAAGAUUAGCAUUAACCACUGCAGAAUAUUUAGCCUAUCAAACGGAUCGUCACGUCUUGACCAUUUUAACAGAUAUGUCCUCUUAUGCAGAUGCUUUAAGAGAAGUUUCUGCCGCCAGAGAAGAAGUGCCAGGUAGAAGAGGGUACCCAGGUUAUAUGUAUACAGAUUUAUCCACCAUUUACGAAAGAGCUGGUAGAGUGGAAGGUCGUAAUGGGUCCAUUACUCAAAUUCCAAUCUUAACCAUGCCCAACGAUGAUAUUACACAUCCUAUUCCGGAUUUGACUGGUUAUAUUACCGAGGGACAAAUUUCUGUGGAUCGUCAGUUGCAUAACAAGGGUAUAUAUCCUCCAAUUAAUGUCUUGCCCUCAUUAAGUAGAUUAAUGAAAUCUGCCAUCGGGGAAGGGAUGACAAGAAAGGAUCAUGGUGAUGUUUCCAAUCAAUUGUAUGCCAAGUAUGCCAUUGGUAGAGAUGCAGCAGCCAUGAAAGCCGUGGUGGGUGAAGAAGCUUUGUCCAUUGAAGAUAAAUUAUCUUUGGAAUUCUUGGAGAAGUUUGAAAAGACUUUCAUUUCACAAGGUGCUUACGAGAACAGAACAGUUUUUGAAAGUUUGGACCAAGCAUGGAGUUUGUUAAGAAUCUACCCUAAGGAAAUGUUGAACAGAAUAUCUCCAAAGAUUCUGGACGAGUUCUACGAUAGAGCCAGAGACGAAGAUGAAGACGAGGAUGACGAGGACGUGGAGGCUGACAACACCGACUCGAGACCCAGUGCCAGCGUGGAACCCACUGAAUCCCUGAUCUGA